GCUCUCUUUGUGCACAAUUGAGUAGAGGCGGUAUGGGAUAAAAACAUAAACUGUAUAGCUUGAAAAUUGGUUCAACUGCAUCUUAGGUUGAUAAAAUAGAUUAGUUUUAAUUAGGAAACGGUGACAAUGUGGUCUCACGAAGUCUUUGAGUAGCAAUAUAACUAUAUUUGGAAUGCGUUUUCUAUACUUUGAUUACUAACAUGUUGCUUUUGGACUGGUCAGCAUUAUGUGGAUUAAUCAUUGCGAGUAAAGUUAGUGGUCUGUUAUGUAUUACUAUAUGACAAACAUGGUCUUUGGAUGUAGACGUAAUAAAGAUAAUACAACUGAAGAUGGAAGGCUAUUGUAUAACUUUUUCAGCCUACUUUAUAUUUUUGGAGGAGCGGUUCCUUAUAUUCCACAAUAUUUAAAAAUUCGCAAAACACAAUCUAUUAAAGGUUUUUCCUCAUUUGUUUGUUUUAUACUUUUAAUAUCGAAUGUUCUAAGAAUAUUGUUUUGGUUUGUACAGCCAUUUUCAACCGCCUUACUUUUUCAAAGUUUCAUUAUGAUUGCUACUAUGCUUAUUCUACUGAGAGCUAUUACUCAGUUGUCUAGCAUAAAGCGUUCUCCGUCUAUGCCAUGUACAAUCAGUAUUAGGAAAGUAGAGACAGAGACUUGGAAUAUCAAUCAGUUCCAAGAUAUCUGGCUUCGUAAUUUUUGGAAAUGGACACAUUUCUCUAACUAUUUAUUAUUCCUAUGUUUAUUUACACUGAUUUCCGGUCUGUGCACUUACUUAUUGUCAUCGAGUCAAAUUUAUAUUCAAUUAUUGGGCUUUACUGCCUUGUUCAUCGAAUCUAUGUUGGGUUUACCACAAUUUACGAAGAAUUAUUAUAAUAAAUCGAUUGUUGGAAUGAGUAUUUCAAUGGUGUUAAUGUGGACUUCAGGUGAUAUAUUCAAAACAAUUUACUUUAUAUUAGAAAAUGCCCCAUUACAGUUUCUGAUGUGUGGUUUACUACAGAUUGGAUUAGAUUUAGCCAUUCUUCUACAAUGUUUAUUUUAUAGAGGUGAAGGAUUUACGUGAUAUGAAUGUUACAAUUGAUUAAGUCAAUAUGGACAGCGAAGACAGUGGUGUCAGUUUGUAUGUGAUUGUGGAUAGUAAAGUUACUUUUCUUGUUUAUCUGAAAUAUUUAUCAUUUUGUACUUCGGUUGUAGAGAGAUCUUUUCUAUUCCCAUCAAUUUCACGUACUAAUUCUCUUUUUAUUUUGAGAUCUCAUCUAGGUGACAUUGUAUAUUUGUCUAAUUUUUGUGAUUGUUCACUUUUGUAUUUUCUCUGCAAUUUUUAUGUAUUUCAGCUUAAAGUAAACUUGGAGCGAUUACUAUAACCCUCUGAUUAUGUCAUUUUUGUCAGAUUGUUCGGUCUACUAUAUGUGAUAAUGAAGAGUUUAUAAACAGUUAAUAAAUUUAUCGCUUUAGG